AUGAGGAUCCUCUGUCUGCAUGGCGCUGGCAGUUCCGGCGCCAUUCUCGAACGGCAAAUGUCCAACCUGCGGCGCGAGCUCGAUCCCAGUUUCGAACUCAUCUUUGUAGACGGGCCCUUUGAGUGUGCAAGAGGACCCGGCGUCUCAGAAUUCCAGCCGGGUCCAUACUAUUCUCACACUCAAGGCUACUCUCCUUCCGACAUCGCUCAGGCGGUCCGUUACCUCGAAGACACCCUUGAAGAUGAAGGCCCCUUUGAAGGGAUCUUUGGCUUCAGUCAAGGCUCAGCGCUCACCUUGUCCUACUUCCAUCAGCAGCAGACGGUCGGCAGCCCGAUCGCAGUCAAGUUUGCUUGUCUUUUCUCCACCGCCAUGCCAUGCAGCUCGGAUGCGAACAUGGGCCGCGGCAUCAUAUCGAAGCUGCGAGCAAGGGGAUACGACGUGACGAACAGAGCCGGGCCCAUAGGGAAAGACCUGACGAGCGAAGAGCGAGAAUUUGUCGAGAUACUUCAACGAACAGUCGUCGAAGCCGGCGCGAAAGACCCCCAAUUUCCGUGGACUGAUAUGGAUAUAUAUCGCUACGGAGAGUUGGACGAGAUUCCUCGCGUGAUGUAUUCAUCGGCGCUGACACAAAAGAUACAAGUUCCAACCAUCCAUGUUUGGGGCCAAAAUGACUUUGAGUACUUGAUCCAAAUGGCGCAGCUUUCCAGGACUCUUUGCGAGCAGUCUGUUUCCAAAACAGUUGUACAUAGCGGGCUACACGACAUGCCAAAGAAACAGAGUGAGAUCAUAGCUGUACUUCGAGAAAUCAACUGGGCUUUAGCGCGGGCAUAG